GAGGAUCAUCAUAAUACUUACCUUAUAAAAUUGGGUAAAGGAUUUAGUGAGUUGAAAUUAAAACUUAGAAUACUAACUGACACACAGUGAUAUAUAUGUACAUAUAUAUUUCUAUUUGUAUUAAUUGUAGCAGAAGUAGUAUGUACAUUGGAAUUUGUAUAACCAUUAGCAUAAUGCAUGAUACAUAAAUUCUCAAUGAUAUACAAAGGGUACUGAAAAUUUUUUGUGGACUUUAUGUACCUAACAUUAGGCUGGGUGUUUUCAUGCAUCUUUGUUACCCAAUCAGACAACCUGCCAGUUGCUUCGUUUUUCUUGUCUGGUGAGACUGAGGGACUUGCCUUGCAUUAGACAAUUAAGUGAAAGCCUUCAUUUUAUAAUCAUAUUGUAACACCAGUUCCUGUGUUCCUCCACAGUCAUUGACUGAAGUUUUGUUAUACUAGAUAGUCAUGGAUAAAUGUCUGUAAGACUCACAGUAAUUGUUGACUUAACUGAUACCUUUAUUUAUUUCUUUCAAUAGAAUCAGUAAAUAAUUUUUCCCCCAAAUCAUCGUCAGGAUUUCUUCUCUGUGGACAUGGUAGUAGGAAAUUAUACCAUACCAAAUUAUGCCUGAGUUCAUUUUGGUAGGCUUUUCGGCAAACCCCUGGUGGCAGCUCAUUUUAUUUGUAAUAUUUCUGACCUUCUAUUUGAUAACCUUGUCAAGGAACAUGACCCUGGUUACCUUAAUUCAUAUUCACUCCUGCUUGCACAUACCUGUGUACUUUUUCAUCGACAAUUUGCUUUUUUUUGACUUUUGUUACAUCUCUGUCUAUAUUCUCAAUAUCCUGGCCAAUUGUAUCUCAGAAGAUAAACACAUUCCCUUGGCUGUAUGUGGAGCCCAACGGUUCUUCUCCUGUGUUGUAGCCUAUGCUGAGUUCUAGUUCCUUGCAGCCAUGGUGUAUGACUGCCACAAGGCCAUCUAUAACCCAUUCCUUCAUUCAGGUACUAUGCCCAGCUCUCUGUGUAUUGGCCUUGUUGCUGGCUCUUACAUAGGGGGGUUCAAGAAUGCAACAGCCCAUAUUGCCAAAACUUUCUGCCUUAGUUUUUAUGGUAAAAAUAUCAUGGACCAUUUCUUCUGUGAUGUACCACCAUUGGUAAAAAGGUCUUGUACAGAAACCCAGGGCUAUGAAAAAGUCCUCCUGGGUGUGGUAGGCUUCACCAUUCUCUCUGGCAUUCGCAUCUUGAUUUCCUGUUUCAACAUCCUUCUGGCUAUUCUGAGAAACUGCUCAGCCUGUGGAAGGUGCAAGACCUUCUCCAUCUGUGCUUCUUACCUCAUCUCAGUCAUGUUCUUCUAUGGAUCUUUGCUCUUCAUGUAUUCAAGGCCAAGCUCCACCCACUCUCUGGAGAAAGACAAAGUGGCUGCCUUGUUCUACACUGUGGUCAGCUCAUUGCUGAACCUUAUCAUCUAUAGCCUGAGAAACAAAGAUGUCAAAGAGGCCUUCUGGAAAGCAACAUAGACCAUAAGGACACAGAGAGAAAUGUUAUCUUUUUGAAGAAUGCUCUCAUUGCAU